GUCAUUUAAAAAAAAUGUUUGGAAAUGAUUAGAAAAAAACGCUUUGAUUUAAAUUUUACAAAAUGGUACGUGGUAUUAAGUGUUGAAUUAGUCAACAAGUUUAAACGAUAAGCAGGUCACCUUUUCAGAGUUUGACAGUUCUAUGGUCAUACGUCAUAAGAAUGCGACGGUGCAAAAGUGUAAACAGAGUCUGCAGAUUCCUCUCUCGUUCGUCAACACGAAGGACCAAUGUUUUGCUUUCCGGUCGUAAGUGUUAACGCGCUGUCAACAAUCUCAACAUUUCAAUAUAUUUUUUUAAACACCCGACGUCGAGUGUCUGCCGUAUGAUGGCGCUCUCCUUGUUGAGCCUUUGCGCCAAGGUGGUGGUGGGCGACCACAGCCUGGCGACCCACUGGCUCCGCUGGGUGCCCCGCGAGCUGUACGGCCCGCUGCUGGAGGCUUCGUUCGCCGGGUGCAAGCCGCUGGCCGUCGGGGAACUGGUGCAGAAGUGGCCCGAGCGUCGGCUGCGCGUCGGCGGGCGCAGGAAGCGGGGGCAGCGGCCGCCGUGUCGGCUAUGCGUGCAGGCUCUGUUGCUUGCCGUCGUAAGGGGACUUUCCGAUCAAAGAUUUGCACUGCGAGUUUUGGACCUCUGCGGGUUGCAAGCAGAAGAGCCCCAGACGGUGGACUCGAUGGGGGGUUGGUCCCUGACGAUAGCGGUGUGCACCAUGGUGGUCCAGGCCCAAGCCAGGGAGCGGAAGAGGUUGCGUGGCCUGGUGCGAGACAAGGAGGUGAAAGGAGAGAGGGGCCAGUGCAAGAGAGUCAAGGAUGCAAAUGGUGCGAAGAGCAACUGUGGUGAGGACUCUGCGGAGUUCUUUGGAGGAGUGAAUUUGAUCAAGGGGGUGAGGAGGAGGAUGGAGAUAAAGAAGAGGCAACAGAACUGGCGAUUGGAAGGAGACGGGAAGGAAUGUCACUCGUCACUGCAGGUGAGGGCGGACAUUUUUGUCAACGCCCGCUCUUGGGAGCGCGUUUAUGCAGCCCUGAGCGCUGCGGGACCCCUGGAGCUGCAGUGCAGGUAUCUGCACGUGGAGGAGGUCUCCAUGACGAGCAUCGGGAUCCUGCUGGACUUCCUGCCGCCCCGGGGACUGCUGGGCGUGGACGUGCGCUACAGCAACCUGGGCGUGGCGGGCCUGGCCCACCUGCUGCCUCGGCUCGCCGCCUUCCCCGACUUGAGCUCCCUCUCCCUUCACUAUUGCAACUUGGACCUCCGCCGGGACCGUCCGGGACAGGAGGAGGCGCUCCGAGACCUCUCCCAGGGUCUGGCGCAGCUGCGAGGACUGCAACGCCUGAGCCUCACGGCGCUGCGUUUGCCCGGUCAACUUCGUGUGCUGCUCAGUUCCUUGCCUCGGCCUCUGGAGGUGCUGGAGCUGCCUUACUUGAGCCUCAGGGCGGCCGAUCUGGCCUACCUGUCGUGCAGCCAUCACGCUUCCUCCCUGCAGCAGCUGGACCUGAGCGAGAACCGACUCUAUGCCGACACGCUGCCAGCUGUCCGCCACCUCCUGUCCCAGGCGUCCGGCAGCCUGCGCCGCCUGUCGCUGAGGGGCUGCGGACUCAGCGACGACCUGCUGGGCCCGUUGCUGCCUUCCCUCGGCUGCUGCUCGUCCCUCCGGAGCCUGGCCCUCGCCCUCAACCCGCUCUCCGCCGCCGGUCUGGUGAAGGCGGUGAGGACGGCGGCGAGGAUGCCCUCCAUGCGCUGGAUGCUCUACCCAAACCCCCUGGAGGACUACCAGCCAGGCCUCCCCGAAAUGCCGUCCAGCGCUCAGCUCAUGGAGUGGCCUCUGUACGAGGCCGCGAACUUAAGCGCCACCCGAAACCUCCUCCACAAAGUGCUGCAGGACUGCGGACGCGAGGAUAUUAUGCUCACUUGCGACCUGCUCAGUUAUGAUCACGACUUAGCAGAGUGACGUUCACUCGUGCGGCAUUCUCAAAAGAUGCAAACUUUUCAUUUUUAUAUUCAUGAACCAGAAUGUAACUUUUAUUUUGGUCACACUCGUGCAAUAUAUUCCUAUUUUCACACUUCAUAAAUAUCACAUUUUCAUUUUGUGGCCUGUGCACUAAAUUUCAAGUCAGUAUUGUUUGGCAGAUUGUAAGGCUAUAAAUUUUUCCCUAUAUUUUUUUUUUGUUUGCAUAUUUGUUUCACAUACAAUCUCAUUUCAUGCUUCAAACAUACUGAAAAAUGUAUAUUUAUCUGACCACACAUUUUCAUUAAAUGUUUUGUAACUCUUAAUUCUCUUCAGUCUCCUGAUACUGGGUGUUGCUGAGUGGAGGCCAGGAACUACCGGUAUUGUAUUAUAAUACAGUUGAAUACUACACUCGCACCUUUUUGUGUGUGUAUUACACUCUUCGACCUCUCCUGAAUGAAGUACAGUCUUCCGUAUGUAACACUAUUAUUAGGCAUGCCAUUAAACGUUUAACGUAUGUGUUACAUGUACUGCGCGUCCGCCACAGCGAAGGCCGGCGGAGGCCCCGUUUUGCAGUAGCGCCGUGCACUAAUACACGAAAGGAUCGAGAAGAUAGUGCCGCGUCGCUCUUGAGCAGGUCCCAAAUGUGAAGGCGGGACGCGGCGUCCAGCACGCAGAAGACCGCCGGCCUGGUCUGGCUCCACUGCACCGAGACCACCUCCUUGCCGGCGGUGCCGUCCGUCCACUCGGCCGCCGGUUUGUCGCGGCUGACCUCGUGCAGCCGCACGGUCCCGUCGCUGCAGCCCACC